AUGUCAGUCAAAGUCAAUGUCGGAAACCUGAGCCUCAGGAUCAAAACGAUUCCUCUCACACAAGAGGAGUUCGCGCCUUUUGGAGACGUGGUCUACAAUCCUCGACCCAGCCUUCUUCCUUCUAAAUACGCAUCUCAAAGCGGACAUCUCCCAUACAGCGGCACGUCGGCCAACCAAGGAUCAGCAAUUCGUUAUGCCGAUGUCAGCAAGCCUCAGGAUCUUCUCUCACAAGCUCCCAGCAAAGAUGGCCGAUUGAUCAUGAGCCAAUUCGUCUGCGAAGCACGAACCUUGGCACCUGCAAAGGAUGACCUAACUCAGGACGAGUUCGCCGUCAACAUCCUCGAGCGCCACCCUUUCACUUCUCAGACGUUUGCUCCGUUGGCGUCCACCGCUUCGAGCUACCUGGUCAUCGUGGCUCCCACUCUGCCCCCAUCUUCUCAAGAUGAGGGUCUCCCCGUGCCAAGCGGUGAAGGCCUACCUGGUAGAGGACUACCCGACCUCAAGUGUCUACGCGCCUUUAUAGCAACGGCCAAACAGGCUGUGACCUAUGCGGCUGGAACGUGGCAUGCCCCAAUGGUGGCUCUGGGAAGAAAGGAAACUACUUUAGAUUUCUUGGUCGUUCAAUUCUCCAGUGGAGUCGAUAUCCAAGACUGUCAAAUUGUCACUUUUGAGGGACAUGACUCCAAGGAUGCUGAUAUCAAGGUCCGCCUUCCGCGAAGCGGAAAUAUUGUCGCGAAGCUAUAG